GUUUAUCGAAGAUUAUUAAAUUAAAACUCUAUUUCUGUCAUGAGACAAUAAAUAACAAUUCUAUUUCUGCUCUUUAGUCUUUACGCUAAUCUCUUUCUAUAUUUUCCUUUUAUGAUUUUAAAGUAAAAAGAAUAAAAAAGAAAAGAGAAAAGAUAUCUUUGAACCAUUGAUUGAAGUGUUUCAAGAAAAAAAAAAACCUUUUUUUCACUUGGAAUCAGAAGAAAGAGAAGAAAACAAAAAAAGAAAUGGAGAGAAACACGCCGGUGAGAAACCCUCACACUUCCACCGCCGAUCUGCUUUCCUGGUCAGAAACCCCUCCUCCUCAACAUUCUACAACCCCUUCCGCCGCUCGUUCUCACCAGCCAUCCGAUGGAAUCAGCAAGAUUCUCGGCGGAGGUCAGAUCACAGAUGAGGAAGCUCAGUCUCUCAAUAAGCUGAAGAAUUGUUCAGGGUACAAGUUGAAAGAGAUGACUGGGAGUGGCAUAUUUACUGAUAAGGCAAAAGUUGGGUCUGAUUCCGAUGCUACUGAUCCAAAGACUGGACUCCGUUACUAUCAGCAAACUCUGAAUGGGAUGAGUCAGAUAUCUUUCAGCGCUGACGGGAAUGUUUCCCCUAAGAAACCAACCACUUUAACCGAGGUUGCAAAGCAAAGAGAGCUUAGCGGAAACUUGCUCACCGAGGCUGACUUAAAGAGCAACAAGCAGAUAUCAAGUGCUAAGAUCGAAGAGAUCAGCGGUCAUAACAUCUUUGGACCUCCACCUGAGAUUCAGCCUCGAUCUUUGGCUGCUGCUCAACAAGAAGCUAGAGGUAACAGAGACAUGGGAGAGCCUGCACCAAGGAACUUACGUACUUCUGUUAAAGUUUCCAAUCCAGCAGGAGGACAAAGCAACAUACUAUUCAGUGAAGAACCUGUUGUACAGUUCAUCUUUGGCUCUCCUCCAACCAAUGCUUUAUUGUUUGUUUUGGGGUUUGGUGUUUCUCUUCGCCGACGAGAAACGAGCGUGAUGGAAGGUGAUUCAUCUUCGUUUACAAUCACUCCUCCUUCUCCGUCGGUUCGUCGUGAUGGCUGGUUUGUGGUAGUGGUGUCGACAUCGCAGUUUCUCUCUCUCUCACCGCCACAAAUAUUGAAGAAAGUCUACGAAGCCAAUACUACUGCGGAGGUGGGAAUGUGGGAUGCUACUCCACAGAGACGGCGACGGUGAUUUGUUUGCGGUGACAGAGAAACAGAGAUCUCUCUCUCCCUCUCACCAUCACAAAGUAUGAAGAUGCUACUCCACGGAGACGCCGACGGUGCUUCGUUUGCCGGUGAUCCCAUAAAAACUAGGUCAAUUUCAUCCCUUCUCUUUUUCUUUUUUUACGCUAAGUUAAACGGAAAAAAAAGUUUUCUUUACUGUUUUUUUUUUCCAUUCAAUUUUUUUUUUGUUUAAUUUUUUUUUUUAACUUUUCUAAUUUUAAUUAAUGAAAAUUGGGUAAUAAGUUUAUAAUAUGAUAUGAAAACCAAUCAGAUUUUGGAUC